AUGAAGGACGAGGCGACGCACACCCCGACGAAGGCAGCGGAGACACGUGCGCCAGCAAGCAAGCGUGGUCGAGAGGUGGGGGGCUUACCCAGCACGUUUGUCACGUACUCGGCACCAGAGGCGGCAGCAACGCAGGGCGGUGGGAAGCAGCAGCGGGUCUCGCAAACACGUGCGCGCAUCCUCGCAACAACACUGUCACCGCUCGACCAGGCGGUCUUCGACGUGCCCCUCGAGGCGUGGCGCCGAGUGGAUCGCAGCACCCUCGCUGGCUGGCGGUGCUCCGUGCCGAACCCUGUUACCCCCAGCGACUUACCACCGGUGGAUCCGUCCGACAACAUAUUGCGCCACAUUGCCCUGUACAGGGGGCCUGUGACGAAGCUGCAGCUGGACGCCAUUGUGAACGCAGCGAACACGCAGUGUCUCGGCGGUGGCGGCGUUGAUGGCGCCAUCCACGCGGCGGCAGGGCCAUUGCUCCUCCGUGAGUGUGCCACGUUCAAUGGGUGUGCUACGGGUCAAUGCCGACUCACCAAAGGCUAUCAGCUCCCCGCUCGCUACGUUUUGCACACUGUUGGGCCGGUUGGCGAGAAACCAGCUGAGCUGCGCAGCUGCUACCGUUCCAUUCUCUCACUGGCGCACCGGAAUGGUCUGCGUAGUGUGGGCUUCUGCUGCGUAAGCACCGGUGUCUACGGGUACCCAUUGCUGCCUGCCACUCGCAUUGCCCUUGGGGAAACUGUGAAGUAUAUCACACAGCACACGGAUGCCUUUGAUCUCUGCUGCUUCGCGUGCUUCCAGGCCGAGGAGUACAAGACGUACACCGCCUGCCUGCGGGAGGGAUUUGCUUCUGAGGCAUGUGGUGGCUCCGAUCUAUAA